AUAAUAAUAAUAAUGUUAUAAUAUGGUAUUAUAACUGAUAUAAUGUAAUAAUAGUAAUAAUAUAAACUGUUCUCUCUCUUCCUUCCUGCAGAUAGAUAUUGGGUUGUGUCUCUGUUUAUCAUCUUAUUUAAACCCCAGUCUCUCAUUUCCAUUCUCCCUCUUUUUUAGAAACUCUUCCGUCUUAAUUCUUUUAAAACAUUUAUUGCGGAAUUUUCUAAUGUUAAUACUGGUGUUAAAGGAGAUAAUAAUAAUCCCUGGCCUGAGUUUUAUUUUGUGUCAUUUCCAAAAUGUUUUUAAUAACUAACUGGGGCUGGUUACAAGGACCAUCCCGUGCCCCUAUGAAGACAGCUCCACUGGCUUCCAACAAGUUUCCGUGCCCAAUUCAAGGUGCAGGUGGUUACCUAGAAAGCCCUAUACACUUGGGGUCCAACCUCUCUUCAGGACCACAUCUCCUUUUAUGAACGGUCGCGAACUUUAAGAUCUGCCAGGGAGGCCCUCCUCUCGGUCUGCCACUGUCUCAAGUAGGGUUGGUGGGGACGAGAGCGAGAGAGAGACUGCGAUGGGGGGGGGCUUCCUUCUCGGUGGUGGCCCCGUGGCUUUGGAAUGCCCUCCUGAAGGAGAUCAGGUUCCCCUUCUCUUCAAGCUUUCUGGGCACAACUGAAAACACGGUUUUUUGAACAAGCCUUUGGACCAGGAUGAGCACCUUCCUCACUCAACCUGAGGCCUUAGGGAUGGAUUCUGUUAGUACUUUAUGGACUGAGACAGUUCACAGCCUGUUGUGCCGCAGCUUUGCUGCAGUGUUGAAUUUUAAUCAGUUGGGUUGUAUGUUAUUCAAUGGAAUUAUUGCUUUGCAAUCUUUUUCUUCUUCCUGGCUUGCAAGAGGCUCUCACUCACUCUUCUUUCACUUUUGAAAACAUUCUCUUCUUGUCUCUCUCUCUCUUAAAAAAUAAGAUCACUCCAGCCUGGGAGGAGAAGCGGAGGACGGAUGUUUUGGAAAAGACAACACACUGUAGUCUCCAGGCUCCACUGCCUGGCUUGACCUUGACCCGAUUAUAAGCCGGGGGAGGCUCUUUCAGCUCAUAAAUAAAAAACUCGGCUUAUCUUCGAGUAUAUACGGACGUGAGAGUUCUCUGGAGCCACCCCUGCCGUGAUGGGAAACGAACCAGCACUACAAACCAGCAGUAGAUAUUAAGGCAUUUGGAAACCAAAGUGCAGAAAAGAAACCAGUCCUCUAGGAAAAAGGAUUCCUCUCGAGGGGCUGAUCUUGCUGAAUUCCUACAUUCACUUUGGAUUAUAGAGUAGAACCAUAGAGUCGGAAGAGACUGCAUGAGGCACCCAGUCCAGGCCUCUGCCGUGCAGGAAAAGCGCAAAGUACCCCUGACAGAUGAGCAUCUGGCCUCUGUUUAAAGGAUUCCAAAGGAGCCUCCACUACAUUUUGAGGCAGAGAGUUCCACUGCUGAACAGCUCUUACAGUCAGUAAGUUCUUAAUGUUCAGAUGGAAUCUACUUUCCUGUAAUUUGAACCCACUGUUGUGAGUAAUCAGAAAGGGAAAAACAAGAAUCAAGUGUCCUUAUUGGACUUAAAUAUACAUAACACUGCUGACAUGGAGGAGAAUGCAUAUAAAUGUAUCGAAUGUGGAAAGAGCUUUAGUAAGCAUGGAAAGCUGAAGAGACAUCAAAGGAGUCACACUGGGGAGAAACCCUAUACAUGCCUGGAGUGUGGACAGAGCUUUACUCAGAAGGGAAACUUACAAAGACAUCAAAGGACUCACACGGGGGAGAAACCCUAUACAUGCCUGGAGUGUGGACAGAGCUUUACUCGUAGUUCAAGUCUAUGUUCACAUCAAAGGACUCACAUGGGGGAGAAACCUUAUAAUUGCCUGGAGUGUGGACAGAGCUUUACUCGUAGUUCAAGUCUUCAUUCUCAUCAAAGGACUCACACGGGGGAGAAACCCUAUAACUGCCUGGAGUGUGGACAGAGCUUUGCUCGUAGUUCAGGUCUACGUUCACAUCAAAGGACUCACACGGGGGAGAAACCCUAUAACUGCCUGGAGUGUGGACAGAGCUUUGCUCAUAGUUCAGGUCUACGUUCACAUCAAAGGACUCACACUGGGGAGAAACCCUAUAACUGCCUGGAGUGUGGACAGAGCUUCAGUGAUUGUUCAAUUCUACGUUCACAUCAAAGGACUCACACUGGGGAGAAACCAUAUAAAUGCCUAGAGUGUGGACAGAGCUUCACUCAGAGCUCAGGUCUACGUUCACAUCAAAGGACUCACACUGGGGAGAAACCCUAUAACUGCCUGGAGUGUGGGCAGAGCUUUACUCGUAGUUCAGGUCUACGUUUGCAUCAAAGGACUCACACUGGGGAGAAACUGUAGAAAUGCAUGGAGUGUGGACAGAGCUUUUCAUGAAAAAACGUUAUACAUAGACAUCAUAGAAUUCACCCUGGAGAGAAUGGUGUUAAUUGACCCCAGAGUGUCAUUCUAACACGUAGAAAAGCAACUCUUGCAAAUUUUGGAAAUGCAAGCUCAAAGUUGGGACAUUUCAUCACAUGUGAGGUAUUGUAGAAAGAUUGAACUAAAAUACAGUGUUCCCUCACCUAUCGCGAGGGUUAGGUUCCAGGACCAGCUGCAAUAAGUGAAAAUCCGCGAAGUUGGGAUGCUAUAUAUUUAUACAUUAUUUUAGUAGUUAUACACUAUUUUAAGUCUUUAUAAACAAACUAGCUGUGCCCAGCCACGCGUUGCUGUGGCGAAGUAUGGUGGUAUGGGAAAUAAAGUAUUGAUGAAUUGGUGGUACAGUAGAGUCUCACUUAUCCAACAUUCUCUUAUCCAACGUUCUGGAUUAUCCAACGCAUUUUUGUAGUCAAUGUUUUCAAUACAUUGUGAUAUUUUAGUGCUAAAUUCAUAAAUACUGUAAUUACUAUGUACCAUUAUUGCGUAUUGAACUACUUUUUCUGUCCAAUUUGUUGUAUAACAUGAUGUUUUGGUGCUUAAUUUGUAAAAUCAUAACUUAAUUUGGUGUUUAAUAGGCUUCUCAUUAAUCUCUCCUUGUUAUCCAACAUAUUCGCUUAUCCAACGUUUUGCCGGCUCGUUUAUGUUGUGUAAGUGAGACUCUACUGUAGUUAAAGGUAAAGCGUAAAGGUUUUUCUGUGAAAUUAAGUCCAGUCGUGUCUGAGUCUGGGGGUUAGUGCUCAUCUGCAUUUGUAAGACAAGGAGCUGGCGUUGUCUGUAGACUCCUCCAAGGUCAUGUGGCUGGCAUGACUGCAUGGAGCGCUGUUACCUUCCCGCCGGAGUAGUACCUAUUCAUGUAUUCCCAUUUGCAUGUUUUCAAACUUCUGGGUUGGCAGAAGCUGGGGCUAACAGUGGUUGCUCUCUCCGCUCCCCCAAUUCAGACCUGUGGCCUUUUGGUCCAGAAGUUCAGUAGCUCAGAGUGGUGUUGUUUGUGAUACUUUAUGUGCUUGUGCUGUCUGUGGCCCUCAGAAAACAGGAUUUGCCAGAGUUUGGUGAUGGGAAUAGUUUGUUGGGAGGUGUUAGGUGGUCCUGAUUGUUUCCUGGAUGGAAUUCCUGUGUUUUUAGAGUGUUGCUCUUUAUUUACUGUUCUGAGAUGAGAGGUGAUGAGCACCGAAUGGCCUUACACCUUCAAAGCCUGGGUGCUUCCCUCUCUGAGGGGGCGGGAAUGCUUUGCUGGGAGGUGUUAGGUGGUCCAGAUUGUUUACUGGAUGGAAUUCCUGUGUUUUUAGAGUGUUGCUCUUUAUUUACUGUUCUGAGAUGAGAGCGUGAUGAGCACGGAAUGGCCUUACACCUUCAAAGCCUGGGUGCUUCCCUCUCUGAGGGGGCGGGAAUGCUUUGCUGGGAGGUGUUAGGUGGUCCAUAUUGUUUCCUGGAUGGAAUUCCUGUGUUUUUAGAGUGUUGCUCUUUAUUUACUGUCCUGAGAUGAGAGAGUGAUGAGCACGGAAUGGCCUUGGACCUUCAAAGGCUGGCUGCUUCCCUGCCGGGGGGGGGGGGGGGAAGGAUUCUUUGUUGAGCAGCCAGGCCUUGCAGUUGUGAGGGGAGGAAAGGAAAUGGGCCGUAACUUGUUUGGUGAGUCCGGUGGCGGGGGGGGGGGGAGUUUAAAGGGGAUCUUCCGUGGGUUUUGAGUAGUUUUUUCAUUGGGUAGGUCCCUGAGGGGGGGCAUUUUGAACCCACCUUGCUACUCCUGAGAAGUAUUAGGCUGUGGGAUGGUGGGGAGGAUGGCGACAGUGUCUGAGGGGGGGGAAGGAGUGUGCGUGGGAGCGGCCGUUGGAGGGAGGGGUGUGGAUUGUUGUGUGUGCACGCGGGCUGGCCUCUUGGGCAUGCGCAGAUGGAGCAUUCCGGUUUUGGGGUUUUUUUGGCCCCAUGGAGGUUUGGGAUGUGUAGUUUGUUUGUAAGAACGUAGAGACGUGGAUGAGGGGUUGUGUUGUCAAUUUCCUAGGUUGGGGGGGCCUUUCGUUUUGUUGUUAUGCUCGGUGGAGCGAUGCCAUUCUCCUUUUAUAUAUAUAGAUAGCGUGUUGAUAAAUCACCUCCUUCUCCCAUUGCUGCCUGGGCUCCUUUUCUCUCCCUUCAGCUUCACCUUCCUCCCUUCCUUAGGCUGUAAAUUGUAAUUUUUUAUGAUUUAUAAUAGUCUUUGAGAGUUUAUUGAAAAACCACGAAACAGCGAAUCCGCAAACAGUGAACCGCGAAGUAGUGAGGGAACUCUGUGUGUUCCAUUCUGGAAAUAAUUACGGUAUAUUAUCUAAAGGGAGUAGAAUAAUGAGAAAUAAAGAUUAACAGAUAGAAUGAGGCUUUUGGGUACGUGUUCACGUCUGUUUGUUAGUUCAGUUGUGUGUCUAGGUAAGUAACUGUUUCGCUGGUCUCUUUGUUUCUGAUUUAGUUUUGUAUCUCAUGUAGUAGUUAGUUUCAUGGGUAGUUGAAGCAUUAUAUAUAAUUUCUGCCUUUUUGUAUUGUUGCUUUUAACCUCUCUUUUUAGAUUUUUUAUUUGCAACAAAGAGGGGGAUUUAUAAGGGUCAAAACUGCUGAAACUGGAGGGGUUGGUAGACCUGUUUUUGGCCCAAAAUGGGGUUUAAUGUUUAAUCUAGAGCGCCUUUGAACAUCCUUGCCUUCUUUGGUCUUGGUGGCAUGGGUUUGGAUUCAGUUGUGUUGCUUCAGACAUUAUUAUUCCUAUUAUGCUUUACACAACAUGUAUUCACUGCUUUGA